AUGGCAAGGUUCCAGUUGCUCCGGGUCAAAGUGAGCUGGCCAGUACUCUUAGCUGUGGCCCAUUUCACAUACCUGCUGGUCGGGGCCACCAUCUUCCAGAUACUGGAGCGAGAGGCUGAGAGCAACAGCCGAACCCACUUCCAAAUGGAGAAGUUAAAUUUCUUGGCUAAUUAUACCUGCCUGGACGGACCAGCCUUGGAGAAGUUUGUUCAGGUGAUUUUGGAUGCCUGGGAAAAGGGAGUGAAUCCCUCAGGCAACUCAACAAACCCCAGUAACUGGGAUUUCUGUAGCUCCUUCUUCUUUGCAGGCACAGUGGUCACAACAAUAGGCUACGGCAACCUCUCCCCCAGCACUGUGUCUGGCCAAGUGUUUUGUGUGUUUUACGCACUGUGCGGGAUUCCUCUGAACCUGGCCUUCCUCAAACAGCUGGGGAAGUGUCUCACCAUCCACCUGGGCCGACUGGAGAGGGGAAUGGUCUCAGUUGUUCCACACAAGCAAACAGUAGAGGCUCUGGCAGUGAGCUUGUUCUUAAUCACAGGCAGCCUGCUGUUCUUGGUCAUCCCUCCUCUGCUGUUCAGUUACGUGGAAGGCUGGACGUUUGGCGAGGGCUUCUAUUUCGCCUUCAUUACCCUCAGCACCAUUGGUUUUGGAGAUUAUGUGGUGGGGUCUGUCCCAGGCAAGGAGUACUUCUCUCUGUACCGUAGCCUUGCAGGUAUAUGGAUCAUCUUUGCCUUGGCUUGGCUUGCUCUUAUCCUCAACAUGGGAGCCAGACUAAUGGAACAUGUGAUUGGCCUGACUCAUCCAGGCUUUAAGAAACAGGAAGAGGAAGAGGACGUGUCAUCCAGUACACUAGAAGAUACGUCAAAGAUCUGA